GUCCCCCAGCGUCGUUCUCAGCCGCUCAGGAGAAAACAUUGGGGAACGAGGCUGCUUCCUGCGGCUCACAUGUACACACUACCAGACUAGAUGAUGGAUUCUUCAAAGAGUAACGAUUCCACAAACAGCGGUCCUCAAGACGGUAAUUCAGACACCAAAGACGAGGAAAAAACCGAGCUGUGUCCCGGUUUUAAAGACGUGGACGCCUUCGUUAAAUAUGGGUUGGGUGCUGUAUUAUCAGCCACCAAAGCAUCUGCUGGCUUACCUCAAGCUGGAGAUGAAUAUGAUUUCUAUCGAAGCUUCCCAGGCUUCCAGGAGUUCUGUGAAAGUCAAGGAGAUAAGCUCCUGCACUGCAUGAGUCAGAUAAUGCAGCACCACGGCUGCAGAUCUCACAUGAGAGACCGGAACAAGCUGACAGGGCUGGAGGAGAGAUUUGACUUGGUUGUGGACUCAAAUGAUGUCAUCCUCGAAAGAGCGGGGAUUCUCCUUGAUGAAGCUGAUGGGCUGAACAGGAGCCAGCAGCCUGUCAUGCCUGCAGGGUUUCAGCCUCCCAAGAUUGUCGUUUCCAGCUGGAAUCGCAAGGGUUCAGGCUCUAGCAGUCGUUCUGAGACGUUCCGACUGCUCCAUGCCAAGAACAUUGCAAGGCCUCAGCUGAAAUUCAAGGAGAAAGUUGACAACAGCAACACACCAUUUAUUCCCAAGAUCUUCAUCAAGCCCAAUGCAAUAAAGCCUCUUCCUUCUUAUUUUACCAACAAACAAAUCCGUAAAGAAAGACCUGAGGACCUUGAUGUCCCAGCUGCCCUGGCUGACUUCAUUCACCAGCAGAGAACUCAGGAACAUGUUGAAGACAUGUUUGCACACCCGUACCAAUAUGAACUGGAUCAUCUUACAAUAGCAGAAAGCCUUCUGUCUAAGCCGGAACCACAGAUGUACAAACCAAUGGCUGAGACCAAGUGCUCCUUCAUUGAUGCCCUCGAGGAUCUGGUGGCUCUGAAUGAGAAGCUGUGCACAUUGUCUGAAUUUGCAGUGGACCUUGAGCACCAUUCCUAUAGGAGUUUCCUCGGCCUUACCUGUCUGAUGCAGAUCUCCACCAGGGAGGAGGAUUUCAUCAUCGACACCUUGGAGCUCCGCAGCGAGAUGUACAUCUUGAACGAGGCCUUCACUGACCCGGCUAUUGUCAAGGUGUUUCAUGGCGCUGACUCUGACAUUGAGUGGCUCCAGAGGGACUUCGGCUUGUAUGUCGUCAACCUCUUUGACACGCAUCAGGCGAGCCGAGCUUUGAACCUGGCCAGACAUUCCCUCGACCACCUGCUCAAACACUUCUGCAAUGUGGACUCAGACAAACGCUACCAGCUGGCCGACUGGAGAAUUCGCCCUUUGCCAGAUGAGAUGGUCCAGUAUGCCCGGACAGACACACACUACCUCCUUUACAUCUAUGACUGUGUGAGGGCUCAGCUCUUGGACUUUAACCACGGGCAGCCUGGCCUGUUGCAGAGUGUCUGGAACAAGAGCAAGGACAUUUCCCUGAAGAAAUAUGUGAAGCCUAUAUACACAGAGGAGUCAUAUUUGGAGCUACAGAGGAAGCAGAAAAAGUCUUUUAACACCCAGCAGCUCACUGCCUUCAGACUUCUGUUUGCCUGGAGGGACAAGCUGGCCAGGCAGGAAGAUGAAAGCACAGGAUAUGUCCUGCCCACUCAUAUGAUGACCAAGAUAUCUGAGGAGCUGCCCAAAGAGCCUCAGGGCAUCAUUGCCUGCUGUAACCCUGUACCCCCACUGGUGAGGCAGCAGAUCAAUGAGCUCCAUUUGUUAGUGCAGCAAGCAAGAGAAAUGCCUCUCCUUAAGGCUGAGAUUGCAGCUCAAAAGAAGAAAGGACUCACACCCAUAAAAAAGCCAGAGGUCACAUUGUUUGGUCCUCAUGAUACCUCCAGGGUCUCUGAGACCAGUCUACCCAACUUUUCUCCUGAUGAACUGCCCGUUAAACAAGGGAUGCUCUUCUCAGAAGAUGAGCACAAAAUGGAAGUUGAUGUACAGAGAAUAAGUAGUCUCAUGGCAUCAGCUAAAAUCACAUUGUUUGAGGAGCAGGAAACAAAGAAUGACCAAGAGUCCCUUUCUGUUGCUCACAUGAAAGCUAGACGUAUCAUUGAGUCUUUUGAAAACCCUUUCAGAAUGUAUUUACCCUCCAGUGAUGUGCACAUCAACAAGAAUGCCAAGUUUGACCCAUCUUCAAAAAUAUUUGAGAUUAGUAAAAGAUGGAAACUGCAGAGUAUUGAACAGCAACAGAAGGAGUUAGAGGUGAAGAGGAAAGCCAAGGAAGAAGCAAAGGAACAGGCGAAGAAAGUAGCAGAGGAAAGAAACAAGGCUAAACAGAGCUACCAGGAGUCUCUCCAGAACGUUGCCACUGUCCGCCAGCAAGCAGCAGAAUCUGCAAAAGGUGGUGGAAAGAAAAGAGAGAGGGUUGCCAGUGAGGUUGGAGAGUCGACUCCCAAACCAAGUAAGAAGCUGAUGAAAUCUGCAGAGAAGCCCCAGAAGACAGGGCCCCCUCCCCAAGACAGCUUCACACCCUUCGACUACAGUCAGUCAAACCUCGAUGUCUUUGCUGGUACCAAAUCAAAGGAUGACACACAGUUCGAUCCAAACCGGCAAGCCCAUGAUUUUAAGAAAAAGAAAAUUCCUAAGGGACAAAAAUCCAGUUUUGGAGCUGGAAACCGAAGUAUGUCGUACCUGGCUGGAAAAUCUGAUAGAGGAUUCCGGCAUAACUGGCCCAAAAGAUAGACUCUCUUUGAUUAUAUUUUCUCUCUUAUUUUAAAACUUUUUUUCAUCCUACAGAAAUAAUAAUCCCCCUUUUGGCCUUCCUGCAAAUGAAAUUCAGUAUUUCAAUAUUUAAUGAAUUUCAAAAUGAAUUUUUUUUCCAUCUGUGGAAGAUUACCCUGUAAAUAUGUGGAAGCACAGACCUCUUCAUUAAAGAUGAUU